AUCCCUUAUUUCAAAAAGGUCGUUUCCAGGGGGUGUUAGACAGGAAGCACUUUCGGAGUGCAAAAGAGAGAAACGCACUGUUUGAUGCAGGGCUAUUAAACCUAGGGUUGAACAACUUUGACACAAAGUAGGCGCGGUGAAGAAGUGGGCACGGAAGGCAAAAUUUUGACAGCCUAUUACAUUGUUUACGUUUUGUGUCAAAGAAAAUCAAUGAAAAGUAUGACGAAAAAGUCGUGCUUUGGUAGUGGUGUUUUAUAUGACGUCACCACCAACUUGAUGUAAAUCUUUUUUGUUUUUGUUUUACAACAAACAACAGUGGCUGCAAUGCCAAAACGGAAAAACAUUCUCCUAGCUCCUCGGGCAAAAGCCGUGAAGCCCGAUCUCCGAGCACUGCCUCCAGCAGCAGUGGCUACAGCAGCAGUUCCUCCUCCUCAACGCCCUUCCUACUGAAGCAGAAAGUUAAACUGGAACCAGAAUCGCUACCAACCAUUUCCCAAUUAUCGCCCGAUGCCGCUGAACCAGGUCGUGAUGGAUUGUGUAUUUUCCAACAACAUUCCCACUUGAUACUUAUUGUACUAUCAGACAUUUGCUGUAAUAAUAAAUGAAUCUUCGAUUACUUUCAAGGAAAACAACCACCCCCCCACACCCCCCCCCCCCCCGCAUCAACCCGGAGCUGAUCGAGCACAUCCUACGAUUUAUCGUCGAGGGCGAUCACCAGUGGCCCCAGGAGGGAACGAUCCUCAUCUUCCUCCCCGGGCUGGAAGAGAUCAAGAACGUUCACGAAGCCCUGCUGGAUAGUCGCAUGUUUGGCCCCCGGGAGGAUUGCUUCCUGCUAGGUGUUCCGAAAGGCUCCCAAGGGAAAAAGGAAAAUUGCGCUGAGUACCAACAUCGCUGAAACUUCGGUUACCAUUGACGAUUGUGUGUUUGUCAUCGAUUGUGGUCAGAUGAAGGAGGAUAGGAAUAUGGAAUCGUUGGAGAUGGUUUGGGUUUCCAGGGCUAACGCUUUGCAAAGGAAGGGUGGAGCUGGUCGUGUUAUGCCCGGAGUUUGUAUUCAACUGUUUACGAGACCAAGGUUUACGAGUCAUAUACUGGGUCAACCGGUGCCGGAGAUUCAUCGAAAACCAUUAGAACCACUUCUGUUGAGGAUCAAAACGCUCGAAACUUUUAGAGGUCAAUCGCUGAAGCUCGAGCUUACCGGGACGGAAAUAAAUUCGAACGGAGAGAAUAAUCGGCUCCUAGUGGCCAUCCUAUGAGUUGCCCUCUACCCAAAGGUCAUCAAAGUGUUAACCCCAGAGAAAAGCUUCAUCAGUGGAGCGAGUGGUGCGGUACACAAACUGCCUCAACCGUCCGAUCUUGGUUUUAAAACCCAAAAGGAUGGAUACGUUUUCUUGUAUCCAUCCUCGAUAAAUGCCACAUGUGGCCACUUCAAUUCCCCGUGCCUGGCCUACCAGGAAAAGGUUAAAACGUCCCGGAUCUACAUUCGGGAUACCACAAUAGUUCCGCUGCUACCGAUGGUCCUGUUCUCGGGCAGUGAUCUGCAGAUAGAACUGCACGGUGGCGAUUUCGUGAUCCUGCUGGAGGAUGAGUGGAUUGUGCUGCAGGCGAAAAUGAUUAAAUUCUUACGCCUCGAGCUGGCUAAAGUUUUGGAGCUUUAAAUUUCCAAUCCGUUGCUGAAUUUGGCACACCACGAGCAUGGCCGCAAGGUCAUUGGAACUAUUAUGCAGUUAAUUAUGAAGGAGUAACAGGAGAAUGCUUGUAAAGUUGUUUUGGCGCCUUGUAUAUAAUCUAGACGACGCAAAAAAAAAAAAUUGCUGGAGCGAGUUUUGGUAACACUAGGUUACAGCUGUUGUACUUAAGAAGAAAAGGAAUAAAUGUUAUAUGUUUGUAUUUAAAAGAAUAUUUCCUAAUACAUACAAUGUGAAGAAUUUAAA